GGGUGAGUGGAUCUGUGCAUGGACUUCUUUUAAACUUGAUUAUUCACUGAAGCAACAUGAUGGAGGAGCUACCUCGGCCUACGCUAUUUGACUUCCAUGGAGUCUCCAUGACCAAAUACUUCACUGACAACUGGGACAACAUACAGAACUUUAAAGCGAGACCAGAUGAUAUUCUUAUUGCUACUUACCCUAAAGCAGGAACCACAUGGGUCUCUCAUAUCCUGGAUCUUCUGUAUUUUGGGCAGACGGGUCCAGAGCAUCAGGCAUCUCGUCCUGUUAAUGAGAAAGUGCCAUUCCUGGAGCUCAGCAUACCUGGUGUACCCACAGGAAAAGACUUGGCAGACCGGCUCCCCACGACACCUCGCCUCAUUAAAACUCAUCUACCAGUCCAGCUUGUGCCAAAAUCCUUCUGGGAGCAGAAUUGCAGGGUAGUCUAUGUGGCCCGUAACGCCAAGGACUGUGCAGUGUCCUAUUUCCACUUUGGCCGCAUGAACAGUGCCCAGCCAGAGCCAGGAGACUGGAGCAACUUUCUACAGCUUUUCAUGGAGGGAAAGGUGGUGUUUGGAUCGUGGUAUGACCAUGUGAACAACUGGUGGGAGAAGAAGCAGACUUUCUCCAAUAUUCACUACAUGUGUUAUGAGGAUAUAACUGAGGACUCUGCACGAGAGAUAGACCGACUCUGUUCCUUCCUCGGUUUGUCUCCCUCGGCUGAGGAGAAACAAAGAGUUGCAGCUGGAGUGACGUUUGAUGCAAUGAAACAAAACAAAAGGACCAACUAUUCCAACACCCCAUGUAUGAAUCAAAAGGUGUCUCCUUUCAUGAGAAAAGGGAAAGUUGGUGACUGGAAAAACCACUUCACUGUGGCCCAGAAUGAGCAUUUUGAUGAGGACUACAAGCAAAAAAUGAAGAAUCCGGCACUGCAGUUUCGUACUGAAGUUUAGAGCAAAAAGUGCAUAAUGAAGUCCUGAACUGAUAAAUGAUGAAUAACAUAGAAAUGUUGAUGCAUGUUAAAUUUGAUUGACAGGGAUAUUGCCUAACUAAUGUGGAGUAUUUCUCAUUUUAGUGAUGUAAUCUGAUGAUGAAAACAUUUGACUGACAUUAAAGUUUGAGGAAAUCAAUUCAAUCAAA